UUACGGAUGUCAUAGUCAUAGUAUCGGAUCGCUACAACGUAUCAAUUUAUUAUGAUACGUACAUCCUAUGAACAUUUCUACCAGGGAUGUAACGGAGGUGAAUUUAUCGGAACCGAGGUCGGAGUCGGAGUUUUUAAAUUUGAUUUAUCGGAGUCGGAGGCUGAGUCGGGGUCAGAGGCAGAGUCAGAAGUGGUCACAAGAGAGAUAUUUUUAAUUUAAGAACAAAUAAAAACAACAUUCAGUAAUUUUUUUUUUCAUUUUAAUUAUAAAAUUAUCAUAUUCCAUUUAAAUUUACUUAUUAUUAACACAGACUCCCAACGCGACGUGUAUGAACCAGUUUGUAAAGGUCGACGCAGGCCGCCGUCACUAUUUGCUAUGCUUCGACCUCCGAUUAAGACCUCCAAUUUAAAAGUUUCGGAAUAAUCGGAAGUUCCGCCUUAUCGGAAUCGGAGUCGAAGCUCCGUAACAUCCCUGAUUCCUACCUCUAAAAUAACACCACAGACUACAUAAUUAAAAUGGCACUGACAGUGACAAUUUAUUGACAUUACUUUCUUUCAGUUGCCAUGUACAAUUAAAUCUGAGAAAUUAUUUAUUUUUAGGUAGGUACCAAUUUAGAAUUAUUGGUGUCCUGUUUUUUAUUUUAACAAAAUAAUAAAGGUUAGUUUUAGGAAAAUACAGUGAUACAUCGAAUUAAUAUAUGAAUGUCAUAGCAUCGGAUCAAUUCAAGGAAUCGAUUUAUUAUGAGCAUCCCUAUCCCGAAAUGAUACCACAGGCUACACAGAUAUUGCUGACAAUGACACUGACAAGACAGUUUUAUUGACAUUACUUUCUCUCAGCCGGCAGGGCAUGUGCAGUUGUGCACCUAAAAUCUGUGAAAAAAGUUAUUUAUUUUUAAGUACCAGUUUUUCACUACGGGAUACCAGUUUAGAAUUUCAUUGGUGUCGUGUUUUAUACAUAUUCAAAAUAAUAAGGCUUCUGUCAAAGAUUUGUUUAAACCCCUCAAAAAAUGUUUAAUAUACGAUUACAACAGUUAAUUUACGUCUGCGACAAAAUAAUUGUGAGGAAUGUAAGAAACAGUAGGAUAACUUAUCCUAAUGCUAACCCUGGCUUAAACCGUAGAAUUAAUGCAUUUCAGAAAAAUGGCCUAAAAAUUGAAGAUGAAGAUGCUGAAGAAUUUAUUGAAGCAUCUGAAAGCGACUUUACUAAUGUUGGGGAAGCAUACAAUGAGCAUAUGAAUGAAACUCUCAUGGGAAAAUAUGAGUUAAGCUAUCACAUAGUUAAGGAUAAAUAUUUCAAAGAAAAUAUGCCAAACCUACUAACUUGGAGUGAGAAGGAACAAAUCCGUCACUUGAUUGCCACAGAGCCAAAUGAGUGGACUCCUGAAAGAGUUGCUGAAAGCUUUCCAGUUACUGUGCCAGUAGUCAAGAAAUUAGUUAAAUACCCAUGGAAACCUGCAACAGAACAACGCAUUCUCCGACAUGAUCAAUCAGUUAUGAGGAAUUGGAGGGAACUCAAAGAAGGUUCUUUAGGGAUAUCUGAUGAACUAAGAAAGCACUUUCUAAAAUUUUCGGAUAGAAUAAUUCCACCUCUAAAUAAAAAAUCAAUUAAAGUUGACAUAUCAAUGGAACAAAAAAUGGGAGAGUUUGAAAGUAUUGUUCGAAAGUGUGCAGCAAAAGAAAGAAAUGAAAAAGAGAAAACACAUGAAGAAACCAAACACAAAGAAGCUCCAAAUCAAGAUUUUAAAAAACAUAAUCAAUCCCAAAGAUUGACACUCAGUGAAUUUGCUGAAAAAAUCCAAAACCGUCUUGAUAGUGGUCAAAAUGUUGACAUAAAUGAUGAAAUCAUAGUAAAAUCUAUCAGCAAUGAGAGUGCAUCUAUUCAACCACCUGAUCUAAGCACUGAAAUAGAUGUGCAAAAUCAUAAUAAUGCUGCUAAAGAAUUAACAGAAUUCAAAGAAGAUAAUACCAAAAGUGAAAAAAGUAUAAUGGACUAUCCAGAAAGAAUUAGAGUACCCAAAAAACUAUACAAAAAAGGUGCAACAUACAAAGUUAAUGAUUGUUAUUAUGAUCAUGAUGGAAAAUUUCUGUAUAGAGUAUUAGGCAUGUCAUCAUAAAAUGUGUUGAACAUUGUGUACACAUGCACACCUUCACACCAUAAUUUUCAAAGGUUUAUUCCCUUUGUAAUUAGUAUAACAUUGUAUGAAGAGUGCAGUUUGAGAAAGAUAAAUACAUAGACAUAAACAUGACUCCCAUUCUACAGGAUUUAUGCUAUUUUUUCAACAUAGGAGGAAAUGUACUAAAUAAUAAUAAGAAUAAAUAUAUCUGAAGUUUUUAUUUUUUAUAAAAAUUAUAUGUAUUUCAUUAUACUUGUCCAUUGAAAUAAAAUUACUAAACUUUUAUUUUAUUAACACAUCUUAAUAUACCCAUAGUAAUGCAGUGGCAUGUCUUUUUAAUUUUGAUCUGAAACCUUACAUACAUAAAUAAUUAAUUCGAAUGUAAAAAAUACAAUUCAGUGACUAUCACCAUUGUACCUUAUGAAUGGAACAAAAAUAUGGCGUAAUAAACAUCACUUGAGGCAGUUUAAAAAUAAACAUUUCUAUCAGCCGUACACAGAGUCGUCAAUUAAUUUUAACUAAAGACAGCAUUAUUUAUCGUCAAACUUAAUUAUUAUUUAACGUCUCUGAAUGCGGCUGUAUAAUCACUUAUUCUAUUUGGAUACAUGAAAAUAAAUUAAGCUCACAUAAGGUGUGUCCAAGCGUGGCGUUUGAAAUACGCAUAAUCUAAUAUAGCGUUAAAAUAAAAGAAUGUCAACAUCGCGCAAAACAUUGCUUGUGUUUGGACACACCUUUAAAUUGCUAAUAUGUUACCAAGGUGGAAAUUAUGAACCCUGAGGCACAAAUAUUAGUCAAACUAAAACUGCCUCGUGUCUAAAGCUAUGGUUAGUUAUACAAAUAAAUAAUCAUCCUGCCUUCAAACAUUAGUUCGUAGGUAUAUUAUGAGUAUUGAUUUACACGUUUCAAGUACUGAAGACUUGUAUUGCAGAGUAAAUUUUUACAACAUGAAGAAUAGCAGUAUCAUUUCUUAUUGGAGUUAUUUAAUGUUUGUGUAUUACAAUAAUAGGCCAACAUUAAAAUGUAUUAUAAAUAUAUUAUAAGGUAUAUGCAUGUCAAAAUGUUGUUUUAUUGAAUUUACUACUUCAAUUAAAAAAUAAAUGUCUCAAUUCCUUUCACAACAAAAAAAACAUUGAAUUGCUUUUAAUUGCUAAAGCAUGCCGGCUAAUUAACGAUAAGUGAUGUCAAAAUACAUUUUAUCAUAAAAUCGUUCAAACAUGAGCAGUGUUGCUAUUGCUUUAAUUCCAGUUAGUCAUUUCUUAAAUCUUUGUUAAGAAAACAAACUUUUAAGAUUUAAAACAGAUAUUGCUAUAUAGGUCUGAUCACGUUCAUAUACCUUACUCCAUAUUGAUUUUCAGUUCAUGGACUUUCGAUAAAUAUUAGCAGUACUAGGCACAAUGUUGCCACGACGGUGGAUACAAUUUGAUAUUGACAGCGCCUUUAUUAUAUAGCAAUAAGAGCGAUACUCAGGGAUAAGUGUAUCCACUAUCAUGGCCUUGAUUUUGCAUCACGAAUCAUAUUAGGUACCUCAGAUGAAAUUAAAAAGGGGAAAAACGAUACCAUAUUGUAUGUACUUCAAGAAAAAGGUCUACAACUAGAUGGGAAGACCAUUCUAUUGUAAAUUAUUGUUGUACGGGUGGACAGAUUCGCUUAAACGAUACAACUUCCGACAACCACCGUAGCCGAGUAGUUGGUACGCCGGGUUUCAAGGUGUCGCCUACUCGGAAGAUCCUCCCGACUCCGAAUCCCGGUAGGGGCAGAUGUUUGUGUGAUGAAUUCGAGCAUUUGUACUGCAGUCAUGGAUGUAUAAUAUGUAAUUCUAUAUAAAUAUACUUAUAUAUGUAUCAGUUAAUGUAUUCUAUCCGUUACCCUAGUAUCCCAUAACACAAGCCUACAGUGCUUACUUUGGGGCUAGGCUAAUUGGUGCGAGUGGUGGAAAUAUUUCUUUAUUCAUUUUAUAUAAAAGACAGAGAAUGGACCAUGUAACACUCAUGCCAGCACUUCACUUAGCAUUUCGUAUUUGCUAUUUGUACACUUGACAACAGUCUGUCUUUAUCGUGGAGGUUAGAGAGAAGGAGAACG